AAAUGCUUUGCAAUGCAUCUCAUAGUGAGGCCUGCUUUGAGUGAAUCACUCAUCUAUUGAUCCAUUGAGUGAUUAUCCAUAAAUCGGUGGCAGAUAUGGCCGUAACCAACGCAUCAACUCUUGUGGACAUUCAGAACAACGAGACUUUCAUUAAAGAGGACCACAACGAGAUGCGGUUUAGGACCAGGGUCAAUAAGAUCAAGGUUGGACGCAUAGAGCUAGGAGACGUGACUCCGCAUAAUAUUAAACUUCUUCGGCGUCUAAAUCAAGUGAUAUUUCCCGUCAGUUAUAACGACAAGUUUUAUAAGGAUGUCUUAGAGGCCGGAGAGUUGGCUAAACUCGCGUAUUACAACGACAUAGUCGUGGGCGCCGUUUGCUGUCGGAUCGACACCUCGGAGAACAGUCGACGCCUUUAUAUCAUGACUUUGGGCUGUUUGGCGCCAUACAGACGACUGGGCAUCGGGUCUAAGAUGGUUGAGCACGUGUUGUCCAUUGUCGAGAGGGACGGCUCUCUGGACAGCAUCUUCCUGCACGUGCAGGUGAACAAUGAGGGCGCCAUUGACUUCUACAAGAGGUUCGGCUUCGAGAUCGUCGAAACCAAAGAGCAUUACUACAAGAGGAUAGAGCCGGCCGACGCUCACGUCCUCCAGAAGACUCUCAGACACACCACUCAUGCGUUUAAGACGAAUGGCGAACAAUAAUCUCCACGACUCCAGAGUAGUGGUCGACUGAACGGUGGACUCGAAAUCUAUUUUUAAUGUCUUUUUAUCUCUUAAACAUCGAUUGUUUGCCAAAAGUUAGUUCACAAAUACAGUACAGUAUAUUGCAUUCAAUGAACAAAUUGUAUGUUUUAUAAUAAAUCCAAGUCAUUCACCCAUUAA